GUGACUUUAAACGCCGAUGACAGCCCAGUAUGGAGGCAGUUCUAGCCAAAUAUGAAAACCAGAUCAGCGCGUUUUCAGACUAUUUGGAAGAACUGCCAGACUCCGAUGACCCACUGUGGAUGCUUGGAAAAUGUUACAAUGUUAGAACAGAUAAAUCGGAGCUGCUGUCAGACGUGCGUUCCAGACUGUGGUUCACAUACAGAAAGAAGUUUUCCCCCAUAGGUGGUACGGGCCCCUCGUCCGAUGCAGGCUGGGGAUGCAUGCUGCGCUGUGGGCAGAUGAUCCUGGGGCAGGCCCUGCUGUGCAGGCACCUGGGAAGAGAAUGGCGCUGGUCAUUGGACGGAGAGCAGCCGGCGGACUACCACAGAAUUCUGCACUGUUUUUUAGAUAGGAAAGAUAGUUGCUACUCCAUUCACCAAAUGGCUCAGAUGGGGGUUGGCGAAGGGAAAUCGGUUGGAGAGUGGUACGGCCCAAACACUGUGGCCCAAGUGCUCAGGAAACUCGCCCUGUUUGAUGAGUGGAAUUCUCUGGCAGUCUACGUAACCAUGGACAACACCGUAGUGAUCGAGGACAUAAAGAAACAGUGUCUGCAGGCGGAUCGCGAUAUCCGUCCGGCUGCGGGUCGGCCCUCUGCGUCGGGAGAGUCCUCGGAUCAGGGUUGUUCCUCCAGGCCCCCAGCCUUUCCCUCCCUCUCCCCAGGCUUCCCCUCCCUGGCGUCCUUCCGCUCCUUCCCCUUCUCCCUCUCCCCCCUCUCCCACCGCCAGCCCCACCCACAGACACAGCCUCAGCCUCAGCCACAGCCACAGCCACCCCCUCCCCCUCCCCCGCGCUGGAAACCCCUGCUGCUCGUCAUCCCCCUGCGGAUGGGCAUCAACAGCAUCAACCCUGUCUACAUCCAGGCCCUCAAGGAGUGUUUCAAGAUGCCUCAGUCAUGUGGUGUCCUGGGGGGGAAGCCCAACCUAGCCUACUACUUCAUUGGAUUCAUAGGAGAUGAGCUCGUUUACUUGGAUCCCCACAAUACCCAAUCAGCUGUAGAAUCUGAAUCAGGCACUUUGGUAGACGACUCGAGCUACCACUGUCAAAGGACCCCACACAGAAUGAAGAUCACCAGCUUGGAUCCCUCUGUGGCUUUGGGUUUUUUCUGUAAGAGUGAAGCGGACUUCGAUAGCUGGUGUAAUUUGGUCCAACAGGAGAUCCUGAAGAAGAGGAAUCUGCGCAUGUUUGAGCUGGUGGAGAAACACCCCUCCCAUUGGCCUCCCUUUGUCCCGCCCACCAAACCUGAGGUGCAGACCACCGGUGCAGAGUUCAUUGAGUCCCCAGAUCAGCUGUCGGAGGAGGAGUUUGAGAUCCUCAACGUGUGACGUGUGACAUGUGAUGGCGUGGCUGUCCCCCGUCUACCUGAUGACCUGAAGGAGCGUCUGUGGAACACCCUGAUGCCACCUUUCGAUGCCCCAUUGCCCCCACCCCCCAUUGCCCCCCCCCCCCAAAUGCCCUCUCU